CGGUCGCUUACUAUGUUAAAUAUAUAUGUUUAUAAAAAGUGAAUGUGGAGUGAAAUGUGAGAAAAAUUUUACACCGGAGGUCGUUAAGAACAGCGUGUUGAACAAAUUGCUGGAGUUUCUACGGCUACCAUAAGAAAUCUUGUGUGUCAUCGCUUUUACUUUUCCAAAAAAUGACAGAACCGGAAAUUGAAAAACUUAAUUAAUACAAGAAGCCGACUAUUAAGUAUGAAGAAACUUUAAAAUAACAGUGAUUGAUAUGAGAAAUGGAUAAACAUCUAUCUAAAUCGAGAAGAGAAAACUCAAUGUGAAUUAAAACAAUAAACUGACAAUGUUAAGAACAACGAACUGUUACGUAAUACGAUUUGCACUCACACCAAAUGAAGAUUAACGAGCAAAAACAAUGCCCAUUUAUAGAUAUGCAAUUGAAAGUGUGAAUUGAGCGUUAAGAAUUUGCGGAUGAUUGCAGUGAGUAUAUCAAAGGUCAUCUACGCAUCUUGAAAUGAAAUGAAGAAAGAAUAAAGUGAGCAAUCAACCGGUGGAUGGCGGGUAUUGCGCGGUGUCAACAAUGACGCGACGAAAAAGUGAUUUUAAGAGAACUUUAGUUUUAGUUGUAUUUCUGUGUCCGUUUGUGUUUUCGCGACCUCAAGAAUCAUUAACCACUUCAAUUAGUUAUGCUGAGACGACAGAGUCACCGUUAAGGUAUAGAUUUAGGGUUGAUAGUUCUAGAUCAUUAGAUAGGGUACAUAAAUCAGGUAAUUUUUACAAUACGAGUUUUUUACAGUACAUAGCAUCUUUUCUUAUAGAUCAAUUUCCAGGGGGUAACCAAACCAAUAGAAUAAAUAGAUUAUUACGUAAGUCAUUUAAAACAGAACAAAAUCCCACCACUCCAAGAAAAAUUAAACCAGUAAUUAAAAAAGUUAUAACAAAAUGGACUGAUAAUGUAAAAGAUGAUAAUUUAGAGUUUUCUCGAGAAGAUGAAGAUAUUAAGUCGGAUAGCAUAUUCCACAAUUAUUAUACAAGUACAGAAAUUAAUAAUGAUAUAAAUACACGCAUAUCAGAUAAACGAUACUCACAAAAUAACUAUCCUCAUUCGCAAUACUCUGAAGAAACCCAUAUUUAUUCUAGUAACUUUCAAGUUAUUGAUAAGCAUCCAUACGCUUCUCCAACUCGACCAUCAUUUAUAUAUAGUAAACCCACACCUACUCCUAUUAUAACAAAUGUCGGCUAUCCACCAUCGUGGCAUGAUCGCUUUCACAAUACAAAAAAACCAAGCACUGUAAAACCUAUAAAGUAUACUAAACCCCCUUACAAUAGUUACCCAAAUUAUCCCAAUAUCUUUGAAGUUACAACUUUUCCUCCAACCACAGGUUACACGGAUAGAAUAGUGAUAAGACCUGAAGAAUAUGCUGCAAUUUCUGAUGACUGUCCAACAAUAUUCCUUACACUUAACAACACUUUCCAGGGCCAGGGCAAAGAAGCUUGUCCUGAUUUAAAUAUCGCUGUUAAUACAAACGUUGUGAACAAGAACGUUGUUGUAGAAUCAGAAGAAGAUACUGAUAGCACAUUAACUGAUAUAUUUGGAUUACCAGAUGGUAACUCUGAAAGUGAAGAAUCUUCAAAUAAUUAUUCUGACGAAAACGAAGAAGAUGAAAGUGCUGCUAUUGAGAGUCUAGAGUUAUCGAAUUAUAAUGCAGCUAAUGAUGCUAUACAAGCAGAAUCUGCUGAAUCUGCAAACUUUGCACAACAGAGUUCUCCUGUAUCUGCGUUAUCUCGUCCAACAAAAGAUGACGAAGACGAUGUAUUUGGUUUGUCUUCUAUAAUAAGUUUCUUUCGCCCUGCAAUAAGUGCUUUCAGUUGGCUAGCUUCAAUCAAUCCUCUUAGUUUUCCUGCUCUUUCCUUUAUACUGACCCCUGUACUUCUUUUAGUUGCUAGUACUUAUGGGGUUGCUGCGUUAUUCGCUCCAUGGGUGUUAACUUAUGCGAGAAAAGCUCCAGAUAUAGGCUUCUAUGCCCCUCAAAGCCGGUGGAUUGAUAAUUAUGAGACGUGGAACUCAAACGCUGCUUAUAAUAACUGGAAGCAACGUCGUAUACUUUCUAGAUCCAAAAAUCUAAAUAUACAAAGUAAUGUAACUCGUAAUAGACAGACUUGGUUUAGUAAACUUAAACAAUGGAUGACUACUGUUACAGAAAUACUAAAUAAUAGGAAACAAAGUGUUAAAAGGAAAAAAAGAAACAUUAUAACCUACUACAAAAAAUAAUGACAACAAUUAGGAGUUAGAAAUAGGACAAUAAUAUAAAAUAUUUUUUAAAAAAAUAAUAAAUUAC